AAAGAAAAACGAAUUGUUUUGAUAGAGAGGCGUAUAACCCGGUUCAAGUUUGCUUCUGAAUAUUUGGAGUUAUCUCAACUCGGGGGCGGAGAUUUUCUAUGGCUACCUGUUAGAUUCGGUUGAGUCCACGACACGCUUUGCCUUCUCUUUCUCUCUCUUUCUAGGGUUUCACAAUUUGGGGCUUCUCACAUGGUCCAGUUCCACAGCUCUUGUCGUCCCCAAUCUGUUGUUCCAAUACUUCCAACAGAUCCGAUCUCCGGUUAGAGCUCGAGCUCGAUCUUCUGUUUUGUUCCGAUUCUGGAUCUAGCCAAGGCCUUCGCUCGGGUCAAACUCAAACUCAGCCGAGCCGAUCGAAGCCGAUUCAUGAUGGAUGGAUCGUGGACUGCAGCUGUGAUGCGGCGAAUUCACGAGCGCGUAGUUGGAUCCAGCCGUACUGCUGCUAUCUCCUCCACCAGUCAUGUGUGGCUUCUCGGCGUUUGCUAUAAGUUCGAUGAGUCCGAGUCCGCUCCACUUGCAUUCGAACACGAUUUCUCGUCGAGAAUCUUGAUGACGUAUCGAAGAGGAUUCGAUUCGAUUGAGGCUGGGGAUUCCAAGUGUUUUAGCAGCGAUGUGAAUUGGGGGUGUAUGAUUCGGAGCAGUCAGAUGCUUGUGGCUCAGGCAUUGCUUUUCCACAGGUUGGGAAGGUCUUGGAGGCGGCCUCUCGACAAGUCUUGCAGCUUGGAUCAAGAGUAUGUUGAGAUCUUGCGUCAAUUUGGUGAUUCCGAAGCUGCGGCUUUCUCCAUCCACAAUCUGAUUGAGGCUGGCAAGGCUUAUAACCUUGCUGCCGGUUCCUGGGUUGGCCCUUAUGCUAUGUGCCGCUCCUGGGAGACUCUUGUGUGCAAGCAGAGGGAGGCCGAGGCGGCGGCAGCAGCUCAGGAGCUUGAUGAACAGCCACUGCCGAUGGCUGUUUAUAUUGUUUCUGGAGACGAAAAUGGGGAGAGAGGCGGUGCUCCGGUUGUGUGUGUUGAAGAUGCAUUUAGACAUUGCUCUGAGUUUUCGAGAGGUCGAGUUGAUUGGACGCCGAUUCUUUUGCUGGUUCCUCUGGUUCUUGGACUCGAAGAACUCAAUCCCAGGUACAUUCCAUCCUUGCGAGCUACGUUUACCUUUCCUCAGAGUGUUGGCAUCAUGGGUGGCAGACCUGGUGUAUCAACUUACAUUAUUGGAGUGCAAGAUGAAAAUGCAAUUUACCUUGAUCCACAUCUAGUUCAGCCUGUAGUCAAUUUGAGUAGUAAUGAUUUAGAUAGUGAUGCUACUUCGUCUUACCACUGCAAUGUUAUACGCCACAUUCCUUUAGAUACAAUUGAUCCAUCCCUGGCAAUUGGAUUCUAUUGCCGUGACAAAGAUGAUUUUGAUGAUUUUUGUCUACGAGCUUCGAAGCUGGCAGAUGAAUCAAAUGGUGCUCCACUGUUUACUGUGAGUGCUGAAACACAUAAUUUGUCCAAGCCACCUAGCCAGAGUGAUGAUGAUUUGGGUGAUAAUGGUGGCGAUCAAAACAAUGAAGAUGCAGAUGGAGAUGGAAGCGCACAUGAAGAAGAUGAUUGGCAACUCCUCUGAGUUCAAAUGAUAUGGGGUUCAGCAACCUUGUAUAUUAGUUAGCAAGUGUUUAUUCAGGGAGCAUUAGAAAGGUCUUCUAUAAUCUUCUCAACUGUCUAUUUCUUGCCCAUUGCAAUGAAUCCCUUUAGUUAUUUGAAUGUACAAUCUUUUAUUUUGGUGAA